AUGACAAGUAAUUCUCAUAUUUUUACUAGCUUUCGAUCUCAUAAAGGACCUUAUCCUGUUAUUAUAGCUGAUGGAUCAACCUAUAAUGUUGAGGGUUCUGGGAAUGUUAAACCUACUCGUUCUAUUACUCUAACAUCUGUGCUAAGUCUACCUAAUCUUGCCUUUAAUUUAAUCUCUGUGAAUAAACUUACCAAAGACAUAAGUUGUUGUGUUUCCUUUUUUCCUGAUUAUUGUCUCAUUCAAGAUCUUGUGACGAAGCAGAUUAUUGGUAGAGGCCAUGUAUCUGGAGUCUCUACAUUUUGGAUGCAUGGGUUAAUAGGGAAAAUUCCACAAUGGCUUGGAGAUGCUUUUCCAUGUCUUAAAAUUCUUAGCUUGAGGUCCAAUGCAUUUUCAGGAGAAGUUCCUUCUGGACUUUUCAAUUUGAGUUCUUUUGAAGUCCUGGACCUAGCAGAAAAUCAGCUGAGAGGAAGCAUUUCUACAAGAGUGAGUAAUCUUAAGGGCUUGACUGAAGAACGACGCAUUAGGCAGGAUUUAUCGUAUGGGUGGGUGGCCGGUGUCUAUUACGAAGAAAGUCUGGUUGUAAAUUCAAAAGGUCAGUCUUUAAAGUACACAAGGACUCUUUCCUUUUUGACUUGCAUAGACAUUUCAGGAAACCAUUUACAUGGAGACCUGCCACAUGAAGUCACAGAAUUGUCUGGAUUGGUGGUGUUAAACUUGUCAAGGAAUCACAUUAGUGGUCAAAUUCCAGAAACUAUUUCAGAAUUGCAUCAGUUGGCAUCACUUGAUCUAUCAAGCAAUAUGUUUUUUGGUCCAAUUCCUCCAAGCAUGAUCUCAAUGUCUUUUCUAGCGUACUUGAAUUUCUCAUGCAACAAUUUGUCAGGGAAAAUUCCUUAUGCAGGUCAAAUGGCAACUUUUGAGGCAAAUUCUUUUGCUGGAAAUCCUGGACUUUGUGGUGCUCCUCUUGUUGUCAGGUGUUCUGGUUCUGAUACAAUUAAUAAAGAGAUGGGAAAUGCCUAUGUUUACACUAAUGACAGGUGGCCUUACCUUGCCAUUGGAUUAGGAUAUGCAGCUGGCCUGCUGAUUCCUUAUCUGCUUAUGGCAGCCAAAAGAUCAUGGAGCUUUGUGUACUUUGCUUUUGUGGAUAAAACUGUGGAUGCAUUGUUAUAUUUGGCUUGCAAAAGAACACCUUGUUUUGGGAACCAUUGUGAUAAUCUUCACUAG